AUGUCUGAUCCAGUGAUUGAGGGCUGGAUGUUGUACGCGGUUGGAGUUGCGACAUUUCUAAGAUUCUAUGCUCGAAUGAGGGUGGAUGGCUUCAGAAGUCUUAAAUCUGAAGAUUAUCUGAUGCUUCUUAGCAUUAUCUUCUACACUAUCCAGACGACUCUCGCUUAUAAUAUUGGGAUACUCGCGCAUGGUCUUGCCAACAAUGGAAUAUAUUUUACAGUCUUUUCAGGUUAUUCCACGCUAAUCGAUUUCGCCAGAGUAAUUGGUUCCAAAAUUCAGGUCGCGGGUUGGACGAUUUACUCGGCACUCAUUUGGUCUCUGAAGCUAUCCAUGCUAUACUUUUAUACUCGCCUUACGAAUGGCCUUGGUCGACAGUAUCGUAUCCGUAUAUAUGUUGGGUUUGCGUUGGUCAUUGGUACCUUCGUCGCAACCAUGAUAGCAAUUUUCGCUGGAUGUCGACCUUUUAGUAAAUACUGGCAGAUUAGUCCCGACCCUGGUAACGCUUGUCAGGCCGCUAUUUCGAAACCCAUCGUUUGGGCCUCGUUUGCCUCCAAUGUCUCAACUGACAUAUACUUGAUCGCCAUUCCACUUCCCAUGCUUUGGGGAUCUAGUCUAAAGACUGUAAAGAAAAUUGCCUCCAGUAUAGUUCUUGGUUCAGGUAUUUUUGUGCUUGUCUGCGCCACCUUGAAAAGCGUUUUCGUUCUAGUGGAUCCUGUCCAUGGUGCUCAGUUGGCUGGCGUCUGGGGUACGCGUGAAGCCUUCGUGGCUGUAAUGACAACUAAUCUACCGAUUCUGUUCCCGCUCUUCAGAGUCUGGCUCACGCCAGUCUUCGGAAGUAUACUCCGCUCAUCGCACAAGCCAUCGUACCAGUAUCCCACCGGCUUCCAGACUAUCGGGGGUGGGGGUCGAAGUGGCAAGAGCAGCGACCCCCGUCGUGGGCCCCCGACUGGAAACCCUAUAUCGGGAAACAUGUCGUUUAAUAACAGUGAGGAGCGCAUCGUCAAGAUAGAGGCACACGGUAUGUCCAACUUGAAUCAAGAAGGGAGCAAGGGCGUUCAAAAAGGCAUUAUGGUUUCGAAUAUGGUUGAGAUAGUUCUGGAAGAUAAGAAGGACGGAGGAAGUCGAGGCACUAGUGACUCUGAGCGGUCAUGGUAG